UUCCAACCGGACGGUAUAUAGUGUAACACCGAGUCGGGGACGUUCAGGUUGAGGGUUAAAGGUUGUUUUGGGGGUUGAUUUGAGAUAAACCGGAUUAAUAAAAGUGUUGUAGGAUGUAUGUGAACAUGAAGCUUCUGUUCCGGAGCCCCACAGUGUGUGUUUUCUCCCGCCUGUGUGUUAAUCACCGCCCUGUGUGGAGAAGCUCUGAGCUCAACAGUGUGAGGAGAAAAUACACUUCACAGCGGAAGUCAGUUAGAGUGGGUUGUGCUUCCGGUUUCUGGGGUGAUACUGCUACUGCAGUUCCUCAGCUCCUGCAUGGAGGGAAGCUGGACUUUCUUGUGUUUGAUUAUCUGUCAGAGAUCACCAUGUCGCUCCUAACAGCAGCUAAAGCUAAGAGUCCUAAUAUGGGGUUUGCUCCAGAUUUCCUUCUUACUGCUAUUUCUCCCUUCAUCAGAGAAAUCAGCCAGAAAGGUGUUCGUGUUGUUAGUAAUGCCGGUGGUGUGAAUCCUCUCGCGUGUGCAGCUGCAAUACAGAACAUAGUGCAGGAGGCAGGGCUCAGUUUGAAGGUUGCUGUGGUAACUGGUGAUGAUCUGAUGCCACAGAAAGACUCAUUAAAUUUAUUGAAGAUGGCAGAGACACAAGAAAAGAAACCACUUCCUAAAAUGGUCCACAGUAUGAACGCGUAUCUGGGUGCGGUUCCUAUAAAGCGCUGUUUGGACCUGGGUGCUGAUAUCGUCGUCACUGGCCGGUGUGUGGACAGUGCACUGGUGCUUGGACCCCUCAUGCACUCAUUCGGCUGGGAGCAGGGUAACUUUGACCUCCUGGCUGCUGGAAGCCUGGCAGGUCACCUGAUCGAGUGUGGAGCCCAGGCAACCGGUGGCAUUUUCACCGACUGGCACAAGGUCCCUGACUGGGAUAACAUUGGCUUCCCAGUGGUGGAAUGUUCCUCUGAUGGUUCCUUCACAUUGUCUAAACCUCCUGGAACUGGUGGUCUGGUGUCCUUUGGUACAGUAGCGGAGCAGUUAGUGUAUGAAAUAGGAGAUCCUCGUCAUUACCUCCUUCCUGACGUCACAUGUGACUUCUCACACGUCACCAUCACCGAGAUUCCAGGUGUUGAAGGCGGGGCUGUGAAAGUGGGUGGGACCAAAGGAUCUCCACCAUCAGGUGACUACAAGGUCUGUGCCACGUAUCAGGAUGGUUUCCGAGCGACGGCGGUGUGUCCAAUAGUCGGCCCCCGAGCUGCACAGAAAGCCAGAAAGACCGCGGAGAGCAUCAUCAAAAGAACCAGGAGGAUGUUCAGACAGCUGGGUUUGGAUGAUUACACUGAGGUCAACAUUCAGGUUCUGGGAGCAGAUGAUUCAUACGGCCAUCACGCUCUCAACACCGAUCCUCGGGAGGCCGUGCUGUGGAUGGCUGUCCAUCACAAGCAGAGGAAAGCGCUUGAGUUCUUCUCCAGGGAAGUGGCUCCUGCAGGAACCGGAAUGGCUCCUGGACUCACAGCAAUUGUAGGAGGAAGACCUCGAGUGUCACCCGUAUUGAAGCCUUUUUUCUUUCUGCAUUCCAAAGCAGACCUGCAGGUGGACAUCCAUCUUAAUGGAGAUCUGAUAGAGACAUACAGAGAGACACAGAGUUCUUCACCUGGACCAAUUUACACUCCCUCCCACAUCCCACAGCACCUUCCUACUCCUACAGAUUUACCCAGUGGCCCUCACAGCUACAGACUGGAAGAGCUGGUUUACACACGCAGUGGAGAUAAAGGAGACGCCGCAAAUAUCGGAGUUAUAGCGAGACACCCACUUUACUUUCCGUACCUGAAGAGGUUUCUGACUGCUGAAGUGGUGGAGAACUUUUUUCAGCACCUGAUUAAGAAGGAUGGUGGAGAUGUUCCCUCAGUGAGCCGGUAUGAGUUGCCUGGUGUUUGUGGUUUAAACUUCCUGAUUCGUAACUCACUUGGAGGUGGAGGGUGGCAUCUUUACGAAGUGACCCUCAGGGAAAAGCGUAUGGGCAGAUGUUGUUGGACUACAGACUGAGUGGACUGCCGGAUCUCAAGUCAUUCUUAGACUGAAGAAAAAGGAUGAUGAUUGAGGAAAUAUUACUGUGUGUGUAUUUGAGUGUGUGUGUAUUUGAGUGUGUGUGUGUGUGUGUGUGUGUGUGUGUGUGUGUGUGUGUGUGUGUUGCUGUCGGAGAUGAUACAUGAGUGGUGUGUGUAUGGAAAAAUUGUGUGUGUGUGUGUGGAAGUUACUUUGUGUGUGUGUUUGUGUGAGAUGUUAUAUGUUACACUCAGGUCGUGUUCUGCUGGCGGUUCCUGUGUGAAUAAUUAAGUUGAUGUGGAGCCCUGAGGCUGCAGCACCACACCCACCUCUGAUGUGGAAGAACCGUAACACCCCCUAAACAUACACCUUCUCGUCUGGACCACGAGGCCAGCAUGUCUCCUACUGAUUACUGCUCUACACCCCACAUGCACACACACACACACAUACCCUCAUCUAACAUCUCACACACACACACACACACACACACACACACACACACACACACACACACACACACACACACCCCUCAUCUGACAUCUCACAUACACACACACACACAUACCUCAUCUAACAUCUCACACACACACACACACACACACACCAUUCAACAUCACACACAGUUGUUUGGAGAGGUUACUUAUUGUUUAAAAGUUUAUACCAACAGGAGUCUGCAUUGAGGACGAGUGAUUGGUUUGAUGUUUUCCUGAGGUGGAGGAGGAUCUUAAAGCCAUAAACCUUUUGAAGAUUUUUCUCUUCUCCUUAUCAUCUAACUUCACACAGGAAGUAAAGAAGCACAGACUUGUGUGUGUGUGUGUGUGUGUGUGUGUGUGUGUGUGUGUGUGUGUGUGUGUGUGUGGUGGGGGUCUUGGCCUUCGUCUCCUUUUCAAGAUUCAACUUUCAAAUUUCACAUUAAUCACAAAGCUUUGUUAAGCUAAAA